AUGGGAAAUCUAUAUGCAAAACCUUACCAUGAUUUCAAUAUUAAUCAAAAGUUGUCACUACAAGAUUUUAAAUUGCUGGGAAAUCAAGAAGCAAGAGUUGAUCAAGUGCACAUGCAUGGAUAUUCAAAAACAAAAGAUUUCAUUCUUGAAUCAUCAAUUAACUUAAUGUUUACAUCAAAUUCUUUGAAAAAUAUUAUAAAUAAUGCAGAAAUUGUUCGUAAAAAUUUAAUGAGCUUAAAUUGUUUUGAAAAUAUUAGUGUUAAUAUAGAUGUAAGUAGCGGAUCAAAUUCAACUCCAAACGGAUAUAAGGUUACUUUUAAUGUACAAGAACUGACAUUUGCAUCUAGUAUACUUCAUUCGGUUGCAAGAGAUAAUGAAGGAAUUGUUAAACUAGGUUUUAAGCUAAACAAUAUUACUGGCCAUGCCAAUCAUUUUAAAAUAGAAUCAUCAAUUGGAAAUGGUGGCACUCAAAAGUAUGAUGCUUGUAUUUCCAAACAUAUUCCUGGGACUAUAUCUUCAUGUAUUUCUGGACAUAUAUUUAAAAAAAAGUCAUACUGGAAUACUGUACAUGGAGUUUUUGAUGAAUGGGGAACUCUAUUUGACUUACUAUUUCUUUCACCUUAUAAAAGUCAUUUUAGUCAAAAUUUACAGUAUGAAGGUGUUAUACGUGAUAUAAAUAUGUUAUCUAAAGAAAGUCCAUUUAAACUAAGAGAAGAAUCAGGUUUCUCGGUUAAAUCUUCUAUUAAACAUAUAACUACAAUUGAUACAAGAGAUUCCAAGGUUCUAGCUAAUGAAGGCGUAUUCUUUCAAAUGGUUAUGGAAGUAGCUGGUUUUGGCGGUGACGUUAAAUUUUUGAGAAAUUAUUUUACUAGUCAAUUUUAUUCGAAAAUCACUAAAGAUGUUGUAUUUCAAGGCUCAUUUGGCGGAGGAGUACUUACUGAUUUAGGAACAUUUAAAAAGGUUAACAUGAUGGAUAGAUUUUUCCUUGGAGGCCCUAUGACAUUACGUGGUUUCCAAUCUCGAGGAAUCGGGAACUUAAAUGAUAACGUGGUUGCUGGUGUUACGAGCUAUUGGGUUUCUGCUGUCCAUAUUUACGUGAAACCACUUUUUGGCAUGGAAAGUAACCGAAUUAAUGAGGCAAUCAGGCUACAUUUAUUUUGUAAUGCUGGGAAUAUAUCAUUCUUUGGUAAAGACACUAAAUCCAGUUUGGAAAGAACAUUUAAAGGAUUCCGGUUAUCAACUGGUUUUGGGGUAGUUGCUCGAAUUGGUAAUUCAAUAAGAUUUGAGUUCAAUUUAUGUUCACCACUUCAGUAUUCAGCUGGUGAUAGAAUUGUUGAUGGUUUUCAAUUUGGAGUUGGAGCAAACUUUAUUUAA